CUCGGCUGUCAUCAUUUCUUUUGACUCAGAAUUCUGCUAAGGAUCCCCUGUUGACUGCACUUCGCUGUCUUUACGAUACACCUACUCCAGCUCCUGCAAAAGAUCCCAGAAACCGCUCGCAUCGUCAAAAGCUGUAUUUCGUCCCGAAGGUACUUCCAAACGAUGAUGUCUUCCGCCUCCAAAGUGGCCCACACCCUAGACAUACUCCACGACAUCUUCUCCCACCUCUCCGCCGGCAACGACCUCACAUCUCUCCUGCGCACAUCUCGCCUCUUCUUCGGUCUCAUCGCUCAAAAACUCCAUCGCUCCUUACCAAUCUCGAACGUCUUGAAUCCUUUCUCCGGCGUGAACGCUGGCGGGGGAGGCGGGCCCUACGGAAAGACCAAGCUGUUGGAGCUUGUACAGACGGUGGUUGUAGAGCGCGCACCGCUGCCUGUCGAUCAUUCAGUAUGGGCAGACUGGUACAAACUCCCGCCUCUCCCUGCUGUCGAAACCGUCAUCGACCAAGCCGCCAAUAGAAACGCCCUACAAAAAGUCGUUCGAGAUACGAACUUGCCAAACAACGCCCUCAUUGAGCGACUUUGCCCCGCUGCUACUCGGCUACACCUCUCGACACCUUGCCUUGCAGCCGGCGCCGUGUUUGGUCAGUAUAUACCUUCGAUGCCUUGUGUAGAGACACUUGUGGUGAAGGCGAACGUGGGGGAGAUUGGGCAGCUCAGAUGUGUCAUUGGCGGGGACUGGAAUCUCGGCCAGAAGGCGCGCCCGCCUUGCCGAAAUAUCAAGGCGGUCCAUAUACUGCUUUGGGGCGAUUUGGUAUAUCCCGAGGCGAAAUUUCAAAGCUCUGAUCGGGACAAGGAUUGCGUCGACGAGCUGGCAAUUAUGGAGCUCCCCCUCUCGACGACCGCCAAGCUCGAAGACAAAAUCUUCCACAACCUCUGCGAGAUCGUCGGCCGGCUCGGCACGCGGUUCUCUGUCGACGAGCUUUGGCUGUACAAUGCCGAUACGGUGUUGGAGAGGUUGAGUGAGUGGUCGAAGAGUCGGAAGGUGGAUGAUAUGAAGGCAAUGAUGGAAAAGGGAUUUGAGAAGGAGAAGAAGAUGUCGGCAGCGGUCUUGGGCAUGCCGGAGGAGGCGGGAGAGGCUCAAGUCUUUUGGCAAACUGGUCAGCUGUUUUACGAAGCUUUCGGCGAUAUCUCAGCGCGAGAUGAGACGGAAGAGUGGUAUCAUUUGGCGGUCCUCGCACCCUCCCCAAAGCUUGUCUCGCUCAGAGCUAGACUGGCAGCCAAGACGACGUUUCCUGCUGAUGCGUUCGUGGGCUUGUCGGAACGAGAGGCCGAGUGGACGUUGGCAACUUUCAAGUCGAACUAGAUAUACUCCUGUACGGGUAAAUAAUGAUGGGCCAUCAAAGAUAAAGCAAUAUAUGUUUGUGAAGAAAAAAGUGCAAAAGAAGGAUCCUCCUCGCCAAGUUGAGGCAAAAUGCCAAUCAAAAACAACCAUUACUCCGCCCCUCUACCGCUAUUACGAGUAGUCUUUCCUACAUAUGUACAUGAGUUACCUGUAUGUAUACUUGGCA